AUGCAUUUCACCGUCAUAUUACCGCUGGUACUGUCCAUAGUGGCCUUCGUCCUCUCCUUCCUGGCUCUCUUCGCCGGCCACAAGCAGGGCUUCAUGGAGGACUACGACGUCGUCCGGCUCAACAUGUCAACCCUGGGCUACAACCUGAUCCCCACCGCCACCGAGGAGGCCGACCCCGCCUCGACUACGGACGGCUUCCUCGACCGAUUUGUCGACGGCGUCAGCGACCGCGUAUCUGACGUUCUAAACGACUUGGGUAAUGACAUUGCCGACCGGCUCGCAGACGAGCUGGGCAUCUCCGAGUGGUACUCGCUGCACCUGAUGGACGUGUGCCAGGGCGACUUUGCCCCCAACGUGACCGUGUCCAACGCCUGGUUCAACGUCACGAACUGCACCCAUCCGUCUCCUGGUCCCAACGUCAACCUCACCAAGAUGCUCGACCAGGAACUCUCCGUCGGACCCCUGCGCCUGAGCCUCGCCGACCUCGACUGGCCCGACACCAUCGAGGAGACCAUGGACAAAGUCAACAAGUUCCUCCUCGCCAUCUGGGUCCUCUACGUCCUGGGCAUCGCCUUCUCCGGCCUCGCCAUCCUCGGGUCACUGGCGGCCUUCUUCCUCGGCUUCAAGAAGCGCAUGACUCUGACCAACUUCGUCUUCGCCAUCCUCGCAGCCCUCGUCCUCUUCGCCGGCAGUCUCAUCACGACUAUCGGCGCCAAGGAGGGCGCCAAGCAGAUCACGGACGUGGGCGAGGAAAUCGGCAUAUCGGCCGAGGCCGGUCAGAAGUUCAUGAUCAUCUCGUGGGUCGCCUUCGCCGUCAUGUUCGCGGCGGCCAUCUACUGGGUCACGCAGUUCUGCCUCGAGAGACGAUCGACGCGCAGGCGGGGUUUCACAGAGAACCGCCACCCGAAAGGCAGCUUCUAG